AUGUUACAGGCAGUAAAGGAUACAACAUUAACACGAGCAUUUCUACCAAUACCAUUAUUGAUGAUACCUCCCUGUAUAAUGCCAUUUUUGGAAAGACGAUAUCGAUGGGUUACCAAAACCACAAAACAUCAUAUAUUCAUUAGUGCCGUAGUUUGCACACUUAGUUUUGCAUUCAGUUUACCCAUAUCCUUGGCGAUCUUUCCACAAGAAUCUCGAAUAUCAAGGGAUCAUUUGGAAGCAGAAAUACGAGAAAAUACAACACAAGAAUAUCUUUAUUAUAAUCGCGGUUUGUGA